UGGCCGGACCCCCCUACAUCUUGCUGCCAAUAAGGGCCAUCUUUCUGUGGUCCAGAUCUUGCUGAAGGCCGGCUGUGACCUCGAUGUCCAAGAUGACGGAAACCAGACUGCCUUGCACCGAGCCACGGUGGUGGGGAACACGGAGGUCAUUGCGGCACUCAUCCAGGAGGGGUGUGCGCUGGACAGACAGGACAAGGAUGGGAACACUGCUCUGCACGAAGCCUCCUGGCACGGCUUCAGCCAGUCUGUCAAGCUGCUCGUCAAAGCCGGCGCCAACUCACUUGCCAAGAACAAGGCGGGGAACACAGCUCUGCACCUGGCCUGCCAGAACAGCCACUCCCAGAGCACUCGAGUCCUCCUGCUGGGCGGGGCCCGUGCUGACCUCAAAAAUAAUGCUGGAGAUACAGCGCUUCACAUCGCUGCUGCCCUGAAUCACAAGAAGGUGGUUAAAAUCUUACUGGAAGCUGGAGCGGAUGGAACCAUUGUUAAUAAUGCAGGCCAGACUCCGCUGGACACUGCCCGCUACCACAAUAACCCGGAGGUUGCUCUUCUCCUCACUAAAGCUCCCCAGGUCUUACGCUUCAGUCGUGGGCGAAGCCUGAGGAAAAAGAGAGAGAGGCUCAAGGAAGAGAGGAGAGCCCAGUCUGUGCCAAGAGAUGAGGUGGCACAGAGCAAGGGCAGUGUCUCAGCAGGAGACACCCCCAGCAGUGAACAGGCUGUGCUCAGAAAAGAAGAGACCAGAGAAGAUUUCCUGUCAACCUCCCCGGAGCCCAGAGCACAGGAUCACAGGAAGAGAAAGUCCAAGCCCAAGGUGUCAGCAUUUUCUGACCCCAUCCCACCAGCAGACCAGCAGCCUGGCCACCAGAAGAACAUGCACACUCAUAAUCACCCUAAAAAGAGGGGCAGGCAUCGGUGUUCAUCCCCGCCCCCACCACACGAGUUCAGGGCGUACCAGCUCUACACGCUGUAUCGUGGCAAGGACGGGAAAGUGAUGCAGGCACCAAUCAAUGGCUGCAGAUGUGAACCUCUAAUCAACAAGCUGGAGAAUCAGUUGGAGGCCACUGUGGAGGAGAUAAAAGCAGAGCUGGGGUCGGUUCAGGAUAAAAUGAACACCAAGCUGGGGCAGAUGGAGAAUAAGACCCAGCACCAAAUUCGAGUUUUGGACAAGCUGAUGGUUGAGCGACUCUCUGCAGAGAGGACGGAGUGCCUGACCCGCCUGCAACAGCACUCGGACAUGGAGAAGUGCGAGGGAGAGAAACGGCAGAUGUCCUUGGUGGAUGAAUUAAAAACCUGGUGCGUGUUAAAGAUUCAGAGUCUAGAGCUGAAGCUUUCUGGGGAUUCGAGGACCUCCAGGGCCAAAUCCACACCAUCUACCUGCGAAUCAUCUACAGGUGUGGAUCAAUCGGUGGAGACUGCAGGUCCAGCAGCCGCCUCUGACAGCUCCCCUCAGGUGGUUAGGCCCAAGGAAAAGGGCCUCAACUCCACAGCUCCCCACAGACUCCAGGAGGAGCUGUCUUGCUCUGACUGCACAGGCUCCCGUCUGAGGAAUGUCAAGGUCCAGACAGCCUCUCCAUCCUUGAAUGAGCCAGCCAGAUGUGAUCAGGCUGGGCCCUGUGUCAACAGAGGCACCCAAACUAGGAAGUCUGGGAAAAGCGGACAGACAAGGCACCGGGCCCAGCUGCUAGCGGCAGCAGCAGGCCGUGAGCAGAUGGCCCCUCAUCCCAGAGAUGCCUCCCAAGCUCUGGAGCUGACCCAGUAUUUUUUUGAGGCUGUCUCUACCCAGAUGGAAAAGUGGUAUGAGAGGAAGAUUGAGGAAGCACGAAGCCAAGCCAGUCAGAAAGAGCAACAGGACAAGGCCGCGCUGAAGGAGCACAUUAAAAGUCUGGAAGAGGAACUGGCUAGACUGAGGACUAGGGUGCAGAAGGAGAAUUAGCUCCAGAAGGUGGAACAAGAAAGGAUUCCUGAGGGUUUCAGGUUUGCAGCUGCAGGCCAGCACACCAGAGAACUCCAUAGUUGUGUGCGUGGCAGCUGUGCCUGAAGAGAAGGUCACUGAUUCUGAAAUGCGCCAGGUACAUGCCUCCUACGCCCUGAAGUUAUUGAGGUUACUUCAACAAUUAAACUGGAACCAGGGGGAGCUUGCUUAGUUUCAGGUUUCACUACAAACUCUAGACUUCAGGUCAGGUUCAUCUGAAGUUCAAAAGCUCAGAUUAAGCAAACAGCUCUAUGAAACUGAAUAAUGUAUAAGCCUAAACCCCCAAAUUCAGGAUAUCUGAAGUAAUAUAAAUCAAAAGUAAGAAAAAAAUCAGACCCCUUAUGACCUCGUAGAUUUGAACACACCUGCUCCUUCCGUCAGAAAGCAGUCACUCUGAGAUGUGCCACUCCCUCUUUCUCAAAUUCAUAAUUAUUAAAAUACUGACAUUUUAACCAGGUGCAAACU